GUCUUGGCUCCACUGGUGAUUACACCCAACUGAGCCAGAUAAAGUCGUGGAACUUUACCACAGUAGAGGAGGUCGUAGUUGAAACAAGACAUGAGGCCAGGAACGUGUUUGUAUGUCUGGUUACCUUGAUUUCGUUUACUACAUGUUCGAUUCUGGUGUUGUUUGUGUGGAGAAGGGUGACGCGGCAGAGAAGGCUAGCCUACCAGGCCCUCGAGAAAAGGAUCGACGCACAUGGUCCGGUCAGAUUUAAGCUCAAGGAGCUGAAGCACGCAACGGCUAACUUCAGUCCUCGUCGUAAGCUUGGUAGAGGGGGCGGCGGCACCGUUUAUCAUGGUUAUCUGAACAGGAUCAGCAGGGAGGUGGCCGUGAAGCGGGUCUCAGCCAACGACAAGUCACGACGAGGAGAGAAAGAGUUUGUCGCGGAGGUGAACACAAUAAGCAAGCUCUCCCACCGCAACCUAGUCAAGCUGAUGGGCUGGUGUCACGAGGGGGGCGAGCUACUCCUAGUCUACGACUACUUUCCCCUGGGCAGCCUCGACAAGCUCUUGUUUGCCAAUGGCAGAGCGACCACGUUGUCGCCGGGAACCCCAGAGCUCACAUGGGACCGCCGAUUCAGGAUAAUCUGUGGCGUGGCAUCUGCGCUCGACUACCUGCACCAUGGGAGCAGCAGGAGGAUCCUUCACAGGGACGUGAAGGCUGGGAACGUGAUGCUCGACGCGGAGUACAAUGCGCGGCUGGGUGACUUCGGCCUCGCCCGUGCCAUCCAGCUCGAAGGAGUGACGCACCACUCCACCCAGGCAGUCGCCGGCACUCGUGGGUACAUGGCGCACGAGAGCUUCUUCACCGGCCGUGCCAGCCUCGACACCGACGUCUACGCCUUCGGUGUGUUUGUCAUGGAGGUUAUCAGCGGGAAGAGCCCAAGCAGGUCUAUGCUGUAUGACAGACAGGAAAUGUACAUCGUGGAUUGGUUCUGGAGGCAUUACAGCCUUGGAAAAGUCCCGGAGACGGCUGAUGCAGCGCUUGGGGGAGCGUACGAUGAUGAACAGGUGGAUGCUGCGGUGAGGCUGGCCUUGGCUUGCUGCCAUCCAAACCCAAGGCAUAGACCAUCCAUGAAGAAGGCAGUGCAGGUGCUAAUCGGCGGAGCACCAGCCCCGAUUCCCCCACUUGAGAGGCCUGCGUUUGUUUGGCCUCUGUCCGGCACGCAGCAGGAGAUCGAGCUCGCUCAGAUCACCAGCUGA